AUGGAGGAAAUUCGCAAGCGAAAGUUGCCCUUCAUAGGGGAUGAUGGUCAACAGCGCCAUCCGUCUUCAACCCCACUAUUACUAGAGGAGGUUGACAAGGGCGAUGAGAUAUGUUUUGGAUCUAUAAUCGACGUUGAAACCCAGUUGUGUGGUUCCGAGGGUUUGUCUGGUUUACCAGAAAACCCGGAAUCUGAAGAGCAGUCAUUUCCUCUACUUCGUGAAGGGGACUUCUUUUCGAUCACAAACGGCCAUACCAAGAUUGCUCUCCUGAAUAAGAAGAAAAGUAGUGAUCUUUCUACACUUACAGAAGCCCUUCAAGUUCGGCUCCAGGCCUUCACUUCAACCAGCCAUAUACAUGACACGAUUCACUCCUCGGAGGGAGACGAUACUCGAGGCAGUCGCGGAAAGUCAUUAUCCGUUGAGAUCAAUAUAUAUGGUUUCGAGAAAGAUGCGAAAGAAGUGGGAAUUAUUCUCGGAAAGACCCAGAACUUCUUACAGCCCCCUCGCUACGGACUCGACAAGAUGACCUACAAGAACCCUCAGAUUCUUUCAAUAGCUGGGUUUUCCGAAGAAACCCAAAUCCCACCCCUCUCUGACUACGAAAAUGAUGGAGAUAACUCAUCUCCUGAUGAUGAACAAACCGUUUCGCAGGAUGAUGACGCUGACAAUGUGGAUCACUUUUUGGACACGGGAUUAAGGCACGAGUCAGGAGCUAACAUAUCAGUCGAUCGUCGUAUUCAAACAGAGCUUCGUGAGCAUCAAAAAGAAGCAGUUGACUUUAUUUCUCGCCGAGAACGGGGAGAAAUGCCCGAAGAGCAGAGUCUAUGGAGAUACAAUGACAAGGAUGAGGAUGAACCAUUCUACCAACAUGUCUUGAAUGGAGAAAAGCGACUCCAACCUGACCAUGCUCGAGGUGGGAUCCUUGCCGACGAGAUGGGUCUGGGCAAGACUUUGGUAAUAUUGUCAGUCAUAGCCGGGACUCUCGACCGGGCAAAGGAGUUUGAAGGACCCGACAUAGACGAAUCUCAACUGCAGGCCCAACCGCAGACAAAAUUGAACUCGCAAGCGACUCUUAUUCUGGUUCCAUCAACUCUUAUUAUAGAUAACUGGGUUAAAGAAAUUAGAAAGCACGCCUUUCCGUCGAGCUUAGUCUUUCAUAAACACAUUGGAUUGGACAGAUAUUUAGAGAAGGAAUUUCUUCGCAAAAGAGCUAUUGUAUUCACAACAUAUGCAACUCUUGCAACCGAGGUCCGUCGCGGAGCCAGCUUUUUAUCAAACAUCAAUUGGUUUCGAAUCGUUCUUGAUGAAGGUAGAGUCGUCGAUGAAAUUGAGACCUUUGACAAUGCUAAUAAGAUUGGCGAAAACCGAUGGUGCCUUACAGGAACGCCUAUCCAAAAUGAUAUCGAGGAUCUGGGAGCACUUAUCGCCUUUCUUAAAGUUCCCGUACUAGAAAGACCGACCACCUUUCGCAAGCUGAUCUCUCACCCAAUCUCUUCCAAUACAAGGUAUGGUUUCAAAAAUAUGCAAACUCUACUCCAUGCAGUCUGCAUCAGACGAAAAAGAGAUCUAUUGAAGAUCCCCGAGCCCAUCAUUCAAGAGAAAAAAUUGCCCAUGUCGCAGCUCGAACGAUUUCAAUACCGCGAACUUCUUCAUGAUUGCAAACUGAAAAUGGACAUGGCAGUCAGUGGUAUCGGUCACCAACAAAAGGGGAGACCCAAUUCAACUGUUCUGGAAUCUCUACUUGCGCUGCGCCUUUUUUGCAAUAAUGGAAAAGCGGCGACUAACAUGCCUGUGGAUUUGGAUGAAGCAUUCUCUCUUCUCCAGCAAGUAGGGGACGAUAUUUGUGCUUACUGUGACGGAAGAGUCCAUGGUUUGAGUGGCUCUCUUGAAGCAACUGGCCUUGGUGAAGCUGUCAUUCUUCCAAACUGCGAGCAUCUAGUUUGCGUGGCCUGCUUGCCGGUUUACCUAGAGAAGAAGGACAGUUGUCCUACUUGUGUGCUUCACUCGACUUCUUCUGGCUCUCAGAGUAAGACAUUGCACCAGGCAGCGCAUCAAGAGACUCCGACUCGACAAAACUCUGGUACUUUUCGUGAAAGAUAUCCUACAAAGCUACGCGCUCUUCUGGAAGACAUUAUUCAAAACCGAUCUCAAAGAUGUAUUGUCUUUUCAAGUUGGAGAAAAACUCUUGCCAUUAUCUCUGAACUACUUACAAGCCACGAUAUAGCAUUCAGCAUGAUAGAUGGGUCUCUUCCAUUAACCAAACGACAACAGGCUCUGGCAACAUACGAGGGCACAAAUGAUACGAACGUUCUUCUAAUGACUCUUGGAACCGGCGCCGUGGGACUUGAUCUCGUGUCAUCAUCUUGCAUCUACCUGCUUGAACCACAAUGGAAUCCUUCUAUCGAAGAGCAGGCAAUUGGUAGGGCGUUGCGACUUGGUCAGGUCUCGCAGGUCAGAAUCGUACGGUACAUCAUGGAAAGCACCGUUGAAGAAAGCAAUGUCCUAUCCCGCCAGCGCAAAAAGCGCCAGCUCGCAGGUGGUGGUUUCAAAAAGCGAAACCAGGAAAAUAUCGAGUUGAUAAAGGAACACGUCAAUCAGGAGACCGAGUUGGACUAUCGUAACGCUGACUGUGACAUGAUCGUUGACGGGUAA